GCCAGCCAGCCAGCCAGCAACUUCCACACCCUCUUGAUGAUGGCGAGACAAUGUCGCAUCUGCCUCGCGACGGAGGAGGAGGAGCCCAACAUGCGCCUCGUGUCUCCUUGUGGAUGCAAAGGGUCUAUGGCCCAUGUGCAUGAGGAGUGCCUGCUCCGCUGGGUGGACGAGCUCGACAGCAAGCCUUCCGAUGGCGGCCGGUCCCCUCUCCUGUGUCCGCAGUGUGGUCGCCGCUACGCCAUUGAACUGCCGCGCCCAGGCAUCUUCUUGUCCCUGGGCAAGUUCUGCAGCCGCUUCUGCACGGAGGCCACCCCAAUCAUGGCCAUGUUCGGCUUCUGCAUGUGCUUGUGGUCCGGGCUUGCCCUGUACGGGGGUCUCGUCUACAGCACCACCUGCCGCAUCCCGCUGCGCGCCAUGAUGACGUACAACUCGCCCAAGCGCCUCUUUGCGCUCCUGCCCAUCAUCCCGCUCACCCUCGUGGGUGCCCACACCAUCGCCCAGGUCCGCCUCCACGUCACCAUCUCCACGCACGGCGUGUGGAACAUUCACGUCAUGCCUGCCGGCGCCCUUGCUGCCCGUCGCCGCCGCCGGCAACAACAGCAGCAACAACAACAGCAACAACAACAGCAACAACAGCAGGAACGACAACAGGAACAGCGACAGCGCGACCGCCAUGAUAUUGUCGCCACUCUGAUGCAGAAUCGCCGCGUGCUUGCGCAGCACCAAGAACACCAACAACGGCCACAGCAACAAGAGCGACAACAGGCAUCGGCACAGGCACAGGAGCAGCAGCAACUCGACAUCAACGCUCUCCCUUACCACCACCGCCGUCACCUCCAACAGCAGCAGCAGCAGCAGCAGAUGGAGGCAGAUGCACAUGUGCGUAUGUGGGCUGCAGCAGCCCAUCCCCAUCGCGCCAACGUCAACAGCACCAGCAGUGCCGGUAGUGGCAGCGGCGAUGGUGUUGCCCGCGCAAUGGACGCACGCGUGCAGGAACGCCUGCGAGAGCUGAGACGCUUGGAAGCCGAAUAUGCGGCUCGCACAUUCACCCAGCAACAGCAACAGGAGCAGCAGCAGGAGCAGCAGCAACAGGGCGGUGAGUUUGCACGCACCCACCGCGCCAGUGCUGCUGGUGACAUGCGCGAUGAUGGUGAUGGUGCAGGUCGUGAAAUCCGCCACGCGGCCUACCUUGACGAUGACGAAAGCGAGGAGGAAGAGCGGGCGAUGUUUGGUGAUGGGCAGGGAGGUGGACGCGCGGUCCGCUUCGCCUCUGUCAUGACAACGAGGAACGGGCACGCAACAAAUCGCAGUUCCCACAGCAGCACUCGCGAACGCGAAGGCGACCAAGGCGAGGGGCAUGAGGCGUGGUGGAGCGAGGAUGUGGCUGAGCCAGAGAGAAGUCGGCAUCACCAGCAGCAACAUGGGCAGCAACAGCAAUAUGAGCAUCAGCGUCCGCAGCGUCAACAGCAGCAGCACCACCACCACCAGCAGCAGCAGCGGCAGCAGCAGCACCGUCAUCAUUACAUCGACCACUUUCACCACGUUGUUGGCGAGGCACAGCGUGGCCGGGACCAACCAGGUGAAUUGCGCCACGACCAACUGCAGGUGGAGGACUUGAUGGACAACUAUCGCGAAGGGUUUUCGUACAGUGUGGGCGCAUUUGGCUUUCACGAGUAUGCAGAUGGCAGUGACGGCGAUGACGGAGAUGAUGAGCACCAUAUGGACUAUGAUGGUGCGUUUGGCGAUGGGGUUGCGGGUGGCCACAAUGACGGCCGCGGUGACCACCGCCGCCGCAUGGGGGCAAUGGAGGAACACUAUCACCUGGACAGGCUACACAAUGUUGGAGACGAAGACUCAGAUGACGCUGAUGAGGAUGAUGAGGAUGAUGAUGACGACGAUGAUGAUGUGUUUGAGGAUGAGGAUGUGUUGUGGGAGAUUGAAGACGAACUAUACCCACACCGCCAGCUCCGCCCCUUUGAUUUUCUUCAGAUUGUCAUUGGCAGUCUCACCCUCCCCUUCAUCUCCACAUUCGUUGGCCGCCUGUUCUUCUCAAAGCCAACGCGUCACCCGCUCGAAUGCGUCUUCCUUGGCGCCUGCAUACAGCUCAUCGCAAUGGCGCAGCAGCGUCGUGUUCCUCGCAGCCUCACACGCAAGCGGUCCGCCCACAGCAACCAGAAGCACGCCCGCCACCAACGCCGCCGCUGA